AUGGCGCUUUUGGACCAUGACGAAACCUUUGCCUCUCUCACCGAGGCAAUUGGGAUUGAUGUUCGAUUGAAAAAGGCAGUCCAGAGGCUGGGCCAUGUUCGGCCCACUCUUGUACAAUCCAAGUGCCUUCCUCUAGCCAUUACUUCGGGACGUGAUCUACUAGUGAGAGCCAAGACGGGAAGUGGUAAAACUUUGGCCUAUUGCCUUCCACUAUUACAAAAGAUCAUUCAAGCCAAGAAUGCCAACAAAGAUGCUGCCAUUCGGGCUGUCGUCUUGGUACCUACUCGAGAACUCUGUUCGCAAGUUUAUUCUACGAUUCAAUCUUUGACUUACUAUUGUGACGAUGUCAUUCAAGCGGCCGUCUUGAGUGCCUCGCGGGCCAAGGGCAAGAAGGGACAACAAGAUCUGGCGCGCCAAACAGCCAUGUUGCGAGAUCGACCUGAUGUCGUUGUGGCGACACCUGCUGGUUUGUUGGCACAUAUUCGAAACGGUGAUGUCAAUUUGAAGGAAUCAGUCGAGACUUUGGUUGUAGAUGAAGCGGAUUUGGUCCUCUCUUUUGGUUACGCAAAUGAUAUCACAGAAGUCAUGAAGAAUAUGCCCAAGAUUUGUCAAGGAUUCCUCAUGUCGGCAACCCUAUCACCAGAGUUGAAUUCCUUGAAGCGUGUUGUUUUGCAUUCACCUGUGGUCCUCAAGUUGGAAGAGGAAGAAUCCAAUGCCGAUGGAAAUCUGAUACAAUUCUACAUGGAAUGUCCCAGACGAGAUAAGAAUUUGAUCAUCUAUGUCUUUUUGAAGCUUGGUUUGCUGAAGGGCAAGGGAAUCUUUUUUGUAAACUCGACCGAUGGGGGAUACCGACUCAAACUCUUUUUGGAGCAGUUUCACAUUCGGUCUUCUGUCUUGAAUGCGGAAUUGCCCUUUCGAAGUCGCUUGAAUAUCAUUGAGCAAUUCAAUGUUGGUAAUUUUGACUACUUGAUUGCCACUGAUGAAAGUACGGAUGCUGUCGAUGACAAUAAUGAUGAUGAUGAUGAUGAUGAUGAUGAAAGCGAAAAGGAGGACGAGGACGACAAUGCCUCCGAAGACGAGGAAGUGCAGAGAAAAAAGGGCAAGAGGAAGGAUGCCGAGUAUGGUGUUUCGCGAGGAUUGGACUUCCGCAAUGUUUCAUUUGUGAUGAAUGUCGACUUCCCACCCUCCACCAAAUCCUAUGCUCACAGAGUUGGACGAACUGCUCGUGGAGGAGCCAAGGGAGUUUCUCUCAGCUUGGUGGAACGAGACAAUCCGGAGCAACUGGAUGCCUUGGCAGCCAUCCAGGAGGAGCAACCAAAGAUUCCAAUUACUGGCGCUGUUUCAGAGACGCUUCAAGCCACAACUGAAAGUGGAGAGAUGACGGAUGGUCCAACCGAGCAGCCGCAGCCUUCUGCAUUAGAUUUCAACUUGCAAGAAAUUGAAGGUUUCCGUUACCGUGUGGAAGAUGUUUCUCGAGCAGUCACCAAAACUACAAUUCGAGAGGCCAGAGCUGCGGAACUUCGUGCCGAGAUUCUAAACUCUGAGCGUUUGCAAUCCCACUUUGAAGAAAAUCCAACCGAUCUGCAGCUGUUACGACACGACCGAGUUGCAACCCAUGUCUCCAAGAUUCAAGAUCACUUAAAGCAUAUUCCGAAGUAUUUGCUGCCAAGAGGAAUGCAAGCUGCCAACUUGAACCGAAAGCGCAAACGCAAAAAGAAUAGAGGAAAACAAGGGCAACUGAGACGAUCCGAUAAUGAUCCUUUGCAAAACUUUGAUGCCGAGACAAAUUUGGACGGCCUUGGAGGGGGAGAAACAACAACAACCGAUUUCGAUGAAAAUAUGCCAGAGUUUGGAGGUGAUGAUACAGGAUCCAGUUCCAAGAAACCAAAAACCGCCACCGAACAGAAGAUUUACGCCAACACUAAAGAUGGAGUUGGCAAGAGUACGUCUGGAAGAAAUGCUUGGAAAGAAAGGCAUCGCAAAGGAAAGUUCAGUAACAAGAAAAGAAGAUCAGAAAGAAAGUUUAAGGAUCCUUUGGGGAUAUAG